GACGGGAGGGGUGGCAACGGAAGGCAGGAAAGUAAGGAUGGUGCUCUCACUGGCCACCACCUCCCUCAAGACCGUCGGCAUCUGCCUGUGCUCGCCGCACUGCCUGGACACGCCGGGCCGCGGGGCCGCGCACGCCGAGCACGCUCACGGCCGGGCCUUCCGCGCCUACUCCAGGCUGUGCACCGUCCUGGCGGCAUUGCUCACGCUCGCGUCCCUGUUCACGCUCUGCGUCGACUCGGCCGACUUCGAGGAGGUGACAGACGGCUUCAUCAACUUCUGCUCGCUCUACACGACCUGGGUGUACAUCCGCGUGUGGCGCGGCCGCGGCGCCGACCUGCACCGCCUGCUCACCGCCCACCAGCGCUUCCUGGACCGCUACAAGCGCAUGUGGCGGCGCGACGCCGAGCAGAGCCGAUUCCUGCACGCCAUGUUCCGGCUCGACAUGAUGUUCACGAUGAGCCUGCUGUGCACCAUCCUGGGCCUGGUGGCGCUCGUCAUCCUGCAGUCGUGUGUGUCGCUCGUGCCACCACUGCCGCCCGUGCCGCGCCUCAUCUACGCGCCGCCGCCCGCCGAGGGCGAGCUGGACCCGCUGGCCGGCUCCAGGACCCUGCGCUUCGCGCUCGUCCUGCUGUUCCAGAGCCCCGCGCUCGUCUGCUGCGGCAUCCCGUUCGCCGCCCUGUCCGCCAUCCACUUCGCGCUCAACACGCACGGCAUCUACCUCAUGCGGUGCCUGAAGCGAUCGCUCGAACUGGCGGGCGACGACCUCGAGGGAAGGUGGAGGCGGCCCUGGGGAAGUCGCAGCCCAGUGGACGUGAUCGUCAAGCAGCACCAGCACAUCCUGGAGUGA